UGGAGAGGCGAACCCUAGAUCCCCAAAUCCGCGCCGCAACAAACCCUAGGUCCCAAAUCCGAUCCGCGCCCACGCCUUGCGCCGCCUGGUUGGUAUGGCCCCCUCCGCCGGCGAUUCCGCCGCCGCCGCCACAGUUCCGCGGUACCCUGCUUGGGUUCUCCUCGAAAAGAAGGGGUACGACGACGACCGCGAGGACGCCACCAGCGCUUCGUGCAAGACAACCACCGGUCGCGACGUCCGGGUGGCCUUCUACCUCGUGCCUCUGCCGGAGAUCUCCUACUUCCACGUCCACCUCUCCAAGCUCGAGGGCGAGGACGACUUCGACUUCAUGCCCCUGUUUCUCUUCUCGGCCAAGGGCCUCUUCCUCUUCCGUAUCCUCUUCGUCACCCGAAGCGACGGAAGCAAUCUCGUCGAGUACUUCAUCUACAAGGCCGGGCGCGGCGGCGGCCCGUCGCUCGAACCCAUCCCGCCAACUCCUCUGGGCAGCAGCAGGGAUUCGGUAUCCGUGGGCAUCGUCCCCUGCCCCGACGACGCCGAGGGCAGCUACGUCCUCGCCGAUCUCUCCGUUGGGAGUGAAAUUGGGCACUACGACCUCCACCUUUACUCUUCCAAGACUUGCAAAUGGAGCACCACGCCGUUGCAGCCGCCGGCAUCUCCUACGGUCUGGGGAGAUGAUGACCUGCCCUGUCAAUUCCACAAGGUUCUCCCGCUUGGAGCAGAUGAGCUAGGCUGGGUGGACCUCUGGCGCGGCAUUGUCACCUGCAAGGUGCUUGAUAGUGACCCACUUCUCCGGCUCAUCCCUCUCCCCAAACCUGAAAUUAGCAAUCCCCUUCUACUUGCAGGGGACGUGGGGUUGCUCCAGGAUGUCACCUACUGCAGUGGGAUCUUUAAGUUCGUUGAGAUCGAUCAUUUCUGCAUACCGGCUAUUGCUCGUGAUGAAACUUCUGAUAUCAUCUCCAAGACGAUGAAGGAUUUCGACAGCAACGAUAUCAUAUAUGAUUCAGAGCUCAUCUAUCCUGUUGUAAAGCAAGUGGAACCUAUUAUUGUCCCUGAUGGUUGGAAGAUCCACUCAUAUUUUAGGUUUCCUUCACGGGACUAUUGGCUCAGGGCCCAUGCUGUCCAUGUUGAUGACAUCUCCGAGUAUGACCCAAAGUAUUCUAUGGUGUCGUCUCAGUGGCUUGCUAUUGCUGAAAAGUCGACAUUGAGGAACCUGAAACCGUAUGACCCGACCUUUGGCAUUCAUGGUGACACUACUGUCUACCUUAUAGCGAAGGUGAAACCUGAAGAUCACAAGUCAUGGAUUGUUGGUGUCGACAUUGAAAAGAAGAUGUUGAGACUAAUUCAACCAUAUACUUACUCGGAAGGUGGCUACGCUCUACCAGCCGUACUCCCCUCUACAUUCUCCUAUUAUCUGAAUACACAACUCCAGAUCCAUGGUGAUUCCUCUGUGCCUGAUAUGCGUUACGGUCCAUUGUCAUGUGCUGGUGAAGCCACAUCUGCACCAAGUGGAACAUUGAAUUUCGAGGAAACCAAUCAGGUACUGAGUUCGGAUGAAUGCAGUAAUAGAGGGCAGACCGUUAUACUACAGUCCCUUCAUGCCAUUGUGGUCUCAUCAGGAUCAGAAUCAGGCUAUUUUGACCCGACGAAGAAACCAGUGGUGAAGACUAGAGAAGACGGCAAACAAUGGCUCUCCUUGCCGCUGGGUCGCCACUUCUCAAACCCUUCGGGGCCAGAGCUGAAGCUGCUCAAGUCACUGAUGUCCCACCAGCCAAUGGUCCCAGCCUUGCUGAAGCAUUGGGGUUCGGACAACAUUUAUCAGUUUCCGAACAUCCCCAUCUUUUCUGAGGUGCUGCCGCCUGUAACUGUCCUUGACUGUGGCCUACGCAAUCUAGCACAACUCCGCCAGUGAUUUACAAGGCUCUGAUAACUCAGAUGCCAAAAGAAGUCUCACAUGUUAAUUCUUGGUUUUCCUUUGUUAUGUGUUGAAUUAUCUUAGACUAAGUUAGUAAUUUUUUAUCAGUGAAUUAUUAGUUUGGUUGUGGAGAAGUACAGCUUGAUUUGCUUGCAGCCGUGGUGGAGUAAAUUGCAAGAAACCACCACUGCGAGGGCUAGGUUAUCAGAAAACACUACGUUACUAUGUUUGUUUGCA